UAAUCUUGCAACCUGUUACCCGUUUCACGAAUGUUUGCAGUUUGUUUAUUAGCUUUAUUUUUGUGUAAUUCGUGUCGUUUUGUAGAUUUUGUGAAUUAAGGGAUAAUUUUGUAAACUUUGAAACUAGAGAGCAUUUUAUUUGUAAUUGGAACACAUUUGUAAACUUUCGUUAUGGCUGGGCUGCUUUCCCAACUUGGUGUUGGUGGCAAUCCUUUUAAUACUAUUGUUGGCCAAAGAAUAGAACAAGCAACUGAUGGAUCUCUUGCUUCUGAAAACUGGGCUUUGAAUAUGGAAAUAUGUGACAUCAUCAAUGAGACUGAUGAAGGACCGAAAGAUGCUCUAAGGGCUAUAAGAAAAAGAUUAUUGCAGAAUGCUGGGAAAAACUAUACAGUCGUAUUGUAUACGUUAACAGUUCUUGAAACUUGUGUCAAAAACUGUGGGAAACGUUUUCAACUGCUUGUUACACAGAAAGAUUUUGUUCAAGACCUAGUAAAGUUGAUAGGACCAAAAAAUGAUCCUCCCACUGCUGUUCAAGAAAAAGUGCUUAGUUUAAUCCAGAGUUGGGCUGAAGCAUUUCGUACUAAUCCGGAGAUGCAGGGUGUUGUGCAAGUAUAUACCGAUCUAAAACAAAAGGGUAUUGAAUUUCCAUCAUCUGAUUUAGAUACAAUGGCUCCAAUUCAUACACCUUCAAGGACAGUUCCGAUGCCUCCUCCAGUUCAGCCACAGCACCAAGAAGUGCAGCCCAGGGAUCAGCCUGGUUCUAUUCAUCCACAACAAAUGGAGAAACUUAAAAAGGAACUAGAAAUAGUUCAGGGAAAUAUGAGAGUUUUUGGAGAAAUGCUUACUGAACUGACACCAGGCAAAGAGCAUCAGAGCGAUCUUGAGCUGUUACAGGAUCUGUGCAAAACAUGUCAAAGUAUGCAAGGACGAAUCGUGGAGCUUCUAGACAAAGUUGGAAAUGAAAAAAUUACUGAGGAUUUACUUCAAGUUAAUGAUGAGCUUAAUAAUUUAUUCCUGCGUUAUGAAAGAUUUGAAAAAAAGAGAGCUACAGUUGAGAGAUCUAAUAAUCAGUUGCAAAAUGUUGUAGAAAAUAAGCCUUUGAUUGAUCUAGAAGAAAAUAUUACUUCUGCUGAGCAACAGUUACUGGGUUUGAAUCUGAAUGCUCCAAAUGCUGCUUUAGAAGCUUCAGGACAACCAGAGAAUUCCAGUGUUGAUGAAUUUGACAUGUUAGCUCAGUCUAGGAAGUUAGAGCAAGAAUUAUUGUUGGGUGAAGAUGGAGUUCGCAAUAACAGUGUACCAGAUAUUGUGCAAAAUCCAGAAUUCCACAGAGAACAAGACUUCCAAGAAGUCGCUAGAUGGCUUCAAGAUAAACCAGCAGAUGCUGAUGAUGUAGCAACAGAACCUAAUACAGAGGAAUUUGAUCGUUUCCUUGCUGCACGAGCUGCUGCGGCUGAAAGGUUGCCUACGAUUAAUCCUACUUCUCCAACUAACACGAAUGUUGAAAAAGAAGGAAAAGAAGUUAAAACUUUGUCUCCUCUUAAAAGCUAACAGUUGCCGAAGCAACUUAAUAAUUUGAAGAAGUAAAGACAUAUUUUUUCCACUUUAAAAGGGAACAAUUUGUUCUGUAGAAUAUAGCUUUAAGAGUAGAAUAUUUAUAUAUUGCUACACUCUAAAAAGAAAAAAGGAUCCUGUUAUUAAUAUUGUUAAUAUUUUCUGUUUUACCUGCAAUAUUUUGUUGCUUAUAUAGAUCUUAAUAUUUAAUUUUUAUUUUGGAAUGAAUCUACUAUCAGUCUAUUCCUUUUAAGUUAAUAUAUUUUUAUUUUUUAAAUUCUUAUUUAUG